AACGGCUGACGUCACCACUUCCACAACAACAAGAAGCUGAAAAACAAGGAAGUGAAUGAUUGUGAAGCCGUAACCUGUUUCUAAGGCCGUGACAAGAUACACCGAGCUCCGAUUAAUCUGAAAUUCCUCAGCCUCCGCAUCAGCCCAGAACAAUGAACAACAAAGGUUCAUAUCCUCAGCAGGCUGUGUACCCUCAGCAGAGCUCUGCACCCGUAUACCCUCCUGCUAUGCAAAUGUCUCCUCAGGCACCUCCUUACACAGACACACCACCUGCGUAUUCUGAGAUAUACCAGCCCAGAUACAUGCUUCCUCAUCAGGUGCCCAGUCAGGUGGCACAGAUGUCCUCUCACUACCCUGGUGCUCAGAUGUUCAUGCCCAUGCAGCCACAUAUGCAGGUUGGGCAAAUGGGCCAGAAUGUCCCAAUGGCUUACUAUCCAAUGGGAGCCAUGUACCCCCCUGGUUCAACAGUGAUGGUAGAUGGGGGCUUUGAUGCUGGUGCUCGCUUCACAACAAGCAGCGGUGUUUCCAUCCCACCCCCACCUCCUGGACAUCCCCCCAAUGCAGCUCAGCUGGCUGCCAUGCAGGGGGCCAAUGUUGUAAUGGCACAGCGCAAGAAUAACUUCUUCCUGGGUGGAUCCAGCGGAGGUUAUACCAUCUGGUAACAGCAACUCCUCAACUCCUCCUUCAUGCCUAAACCGUGUCCCUGCCCCAAAUGAUGCCCCAGUUCUUCCCUCAUCCCAUACGCCUCCCUCUUCAGGCUGCUUGGCCAUGCCACAAUACUGAUAUCACCUAACGGAAUGUAAUAUUUUAGCGCCCUUCUAAAAGGUACAGUACUCCACUUCUGACCCAGAGAUCAAACGAUGAAUGCCACUGCCUGGAGAGGACAAAUGCUAAUUUUUAAUGUCGUAGAAUUCAUUCCAUAGUUCUUGAAUGGGUCUAACCUCUUUUGAUCAUUCCAGAUUGGACCUCUUUCAGGCAUCUGUAUUUGUUCAAGAGACCUGGUCUCCUUUGAUCGAAUGGAUCGCAAAUUACAUUGAGCUGUUCUUGUAUACCUGUAAAAGCAACGUAAAUUAAAUAUUGAAAUAUCCGACCCGCGUUCUAUAGUUUAGCUGCUUUAUGGUGAAAGUAAAACGCAGUUACAAAGUUGCAGAUUACGUGCAAAAAAAUCCAUUUGUCUUUUUGAAAACAUCUAGUGUAGUUUAAUUAAUAGAUGUGUAACAGUUUCAUGUAAAUACCAGUAAAAUGACGAGAAAUUACAUCUCAAAUAUACAAAAAAAAAAGAAGCUUCUCUAAUGCUUUAGCUAGAAUUGUCUCGUCCUUUUAAAAUAUCACAGCAAAUUAGUUGUACAGUCUAACUGACAGUUACAUUUAAAUCUCUUGUAAAUUAAAUGAAGCAAAUAAUUUAAGAAAAGAUUUCAUGCAAUAUCCAAAGUGGUUUACUGUACCUUGUUGGGCAAUUUGUAGAUGAACAUAGUGAAGUGCCAAAGAGCACUGGGGGUAGCCCUAAUUUCAAGCAAAUUAACUUCAGUAAACUUAAAGGAAAGAAAUUUAAAGUAAAUCCAAAUAGUAAGUUGAAUAGGAAGGGGUGGUUGGUGUAACAUUUUUAGAUUUAGAUUUCUUUCUCCUGUUUCUAUUUCACAGUCGGAUACCCAGAGUUUAUACACUAAAUGUUUUAUUGUACAGACUUCAAGAACUACUCUCCACUGUUUCUGUUUUUCACACAGUAUCAUUUAGGACAUAAAUCCAAUUUUUUUCGAAGUAUUUAUUCACCGUAGAAAAGUGUCACCUUUGUGAUUAGCAUUAGUUUCUUGUCGUUUGAAAAGGUUGAAGAAACUUUAAUAAAUAUUUCAGUGUUU